AAAAAAAAAAAGUCCGACUUUUCAUUUCCGGGUCGGAAUCAAUUUCUCUGUUGCUGUCGUUUACAUCUCCUGUGCCAGUCGUGUUUGAUAUUGUCAAAGGUUUUGAGUUCAGCAACGUCGACGCUGCAGCGUUUAGCUGCCAAACAUCAGGCCAUGUCGCUUCACUGGACUGUCAGCCGAAACCGCGCGGCGACGGGACCGCUGUGGCGGUUCUUGCUGCCGCUGCUGGCGGCGAGCCUGUCGGUGUGCGUGUGCCGAGCAUCCUCGUCGCCUCGAGAGCUGCAACAGCAGCAGGAGGAGGAGGACAGUGCCAUGGAGAACAUCGUCACGGAGAAAAGGGCUGAAGAGAGCCACCGGCAGGACAGCGCCGACCUGCUCAUCUUCAUCCUGCUCCUCACCCUCACCAUCCUCACCAUUUGGCUGUUCAAACACCGCCGGUUCCGCUUCUUGCACGAAACUGGAUUGGCGAUGAUUUAUGGUUUACUGAUGGGCGUAGUGUUGCGCUACGGGAUCCACGUCCCACGCGACGUCAGCAACGUGACGCUGAGCUGCCACGUUAACGCCAGCCCCGCCACACUGCUCGUCCACUCCAAGGGAAAGUUCUAUGAGUACACGCUGAAGGGUGAAAUCAGUGCCAGCGAGGUGGAUGACGUGCAGGACAACGAGAUGCUUCGCAAGGUGACUUUUGACCCUGAAGUCUUCUUUAACAUCCUCCUUCCGCCUAUCAUCUUUCACGCUGGCUACAGCCUGAAGAGGAGACACUUUUUCCGGAAUAUGGGCUCCAUCCUGGCCUACGCCUUCUUGGGGACAGUAGUUUCCUGUUUUGUCAUCGGGUUGUUCAUGUAUGGCUGUGUGAUGCUAAUGAAGCAUAUGGGGCAACUGGGUGGAGAAUUCUUCUUCACGGAUUGCCUGUUCUUCGGCGCCAUCGUGUCCGCUACCGACCCUGUGACGGUGCUGGCCAUCUUCAACGAGCUGCAAGUGGACGUGGACUUGUACGCGUUGCUGUUCGGCGAGAGCGUGCUCAACGACGCCGUGGCCGUCAUUCUCUCCUCAUCCAUCGUGGCUUACCAGCCGGAGGGUGACAACAGCCAUACCUUCGAGGUGGUGGCCAUGUUCAAGUCCUUCGGCAUGUUCCUCGGUGUCUUCAGCGGCUCCUUCGCUCUCGGUGGUGCCAUCGGCGUCGUCACAGCGCUCGUGACCAAGUUUACAAAGUUGAGAGAUUUCCAGCUGCUGGAGACCGCCUUGUUCUUCCUCAUGUCGUGGAGCACCUUCCUCUUGGCUGAGGCAUGCGGCUUCACAGGCGUGGUGGCAGUGUUGUUCUGUGGAAUCACUCAGGCGCACUACACCUUCAACAAUCUGUCUCCUGAGUCCCAAGAGCGGACCAAACAGCUGUUUGAGUUGCUGAACUUCCUGGCGGAGAACUUCAUCUUCUCCUACAUGGGUCUGGCCCUCUUUACCUUCCAGAACCACAUUUUUAACCCCAUGUUUAUUGUCGGGGCUUUUGUGGCAGUGUUCCUGGGCAGAGCGGCCAACAUCUACCCGCUCUCCUUCCUGCUCAAUCUGGGCCGACGCAACAAGAUCCGAUCCAAUUUCCAGCACAUGAUGAUGUUUGCGGGACUGCGGGGCGCCAUGACGUUUGCCCUGUCCAUCCGGGACACGGCCACGUACGCGCGGCAGAUGAUGUUCUCCACCACGCUGCUUGUGGUCUUUUUCACCGUGUGGUUCUGUGGCGGCGGCACGACGCAGAUGUUGUCGUGCCAGCGCAUACGGGUUGGGGUGGACUCCGACCAAGAAAACUCUACGAGCAUCGGCGAAGGUUCCGAGCGACGAAGCACCAAACAGGAAAGUGCCUGGCCUUUCCGAAUUUGGUACAACUUUGAUCACAACUACAUGAAGCCCAUCCUGACGCACAGCGGCCCCCCGCUCACAGCCACACUGCCCGCCUGCUGCGGCCCCCUGGCACGCUUCCUCACAAGCCCGCAGGCUUUAGAAAACGAGUGUCAGAUCAAGGAUGACGACUCCGACCUCAUCCUGACCGACGGUGACGUCAACCUAAACUACGGCGACAUCACCGUCAGCACCGACGGCGCGCGCGGCGUGACCGCCGAUGACCCCGACCGGGAGCUGUCGUACGGCGACCACGAGCUGGUGAUGAGGGGCACGCGUCUGGUGCUGCCCAUGGACGACUCUGAGCCGCCUUUCACAGACCCCCGCUGCCGCUUGUGAGGGUGCGGCGGCCCGCUUCCUUUUGGCUUCUCCCGCUACUUGGUCACGCCUGCCCAUCUCGUCCGCCAUCACUGUAAUGUAGUCUUAUUUAUUUGUCCAUUUCAGUUGGGCUUUUGAGUCACCUUAUUGUAGCAACGCACAGCAUGUGUUCUCCACGGUGAGCCGUUUGAGCGUUCAUAUUCCACAUCCUGCUACUGCACGUCCUCCAGUGUGGACAAUUCAGCGCACGAGUAGGAAAUGGAAUAAACGCUGGAACGGCUUUCCACAGUUGUGACAAUAUAGCAGUCCAGCUGUGCUCAUCAGCUUGGUUUGCAUGCUGAGGGUUCACAAUGACUUUUUCUUUGGAGCCGGAUGGCGAUUGGUCGCCACUUAACAGUACACGCGCUGUCAAUCAAGUGCCUGGGAGGCGAUCUCUCAACCCAGUUGACGUUCUGGCGAGGAGGGUGCGCGAGGUAGCAAUAUGUGCCACGUCAGGGGGAUAAAAGUCGGGUUCGGAGCCCCUGACUAACUACCGCGUGCGUGUGGGUGUGUGUUUGCACAGUGAUGGGCAACCUAAAUGUUUUUUUUUUUUUUCUCUGUACAUUUUUUUCCACAUCACUGCACUUAGCUUUGAUCUGUCAGGAUGCUCAGAUCUCCACGAAAGUAAACUAUCAGCACUUCUGGGAUUUCGUCAUAGAGAUUCACCCAUUCAUAGGAGGAGGAGCUACAAUAAAAGAGAAUGUCGUAAAAGUUGAUUAUUUCAGGACAAUAUUUGUGGGCAAUACGGACUGAGGCCUGCAACCAUUGGAAAAAUUCACGAGUAAUUGUGGGUGACUAAAAUUUUCUCUCAAUGUUACAAGAUGGUGACAAAGCAAACCUUAACUCAGCAUAGUCUUUGGCACCAAUAUGAAAGAUAGCAACAAAGCACUACUUUUGGUUAAAUGAAGCUCCUCUAUUCAUGCCAAUAUAAUUACAUGGCAGCAAAGCACUACCUUUGUCUAAAUUUAGCUCAUCUACUGCCACCAACAUAGUUUCCCAACACCAAGAUGGCGCCAAAGCACUAGUUUUGUCCAAAUGAAGCUCCGCAACUGACUCCAACACAGUUAUCAUGACUGUUGUACGACUGCCGUCAAUACACAAGUUAAUUAGACUUUCUACCAUUCCGUGGAAGAACAUUUAACUGUUCUGCAUGUCACUGUACAACACCGGAAUAGAUUUUAAGGGGCCUUGAAAAGUUCCUCCCCAAACCCAGAAUUUUGUAGAGCUUAGCGCCGAUAACGAUGAUGUCGAUAAUAAUAAUAUCUGUAAACGAUAUCCAGAUGUGUCGCAUUGACCACAAAGGGCCUUGAGAGGAUAUUUCGGGAGGCGAGCUUGUGAGCAGCGGCUGUCUAGUACAGACAGGAAGUGUUGAUAUGACGGCGCCAUGGCAACCGCUGUGUUGUCGUCAACCACAGCCAGAGUGUGUUUGCAUGCCUAUGUAGAACAGAGCAGUAUUGCGUGUGUGUGUUUGUUGAAAGAGCAUUGUACCUGUGUAUAAGUUUGUGUGCUUGAAUGUGUUUGUGCAUAUGUGAUGGAGAGGUGCGUGUGUUGGUGAUGAUAUGGACGCGGAAGGAAGAGGAAGGUCUUCUUCAACUUGUUAUCUUCUGCUGUGCAGGAACUUGAAAUUCAUUGAAAGUUUUUUUUUUUUUUUGAUUUUAUGCCUUUUUGAAGACAUCCCUAGAAUAUUUCUUUCUGCCAUUUUUACUAUUUUCAGUUUUCAAAUCAAGAACAAAAAUGAAACCUUACAUUUGCACUCAUUAAAUAAUCUGUGACUGCUUUUAUGUUGUGUGCGUGUGAGAGGUGACCCAAAAAAUAUAAAAUGUAAUGAAUGAAAAGUUCAGCUCGUCCAAAUGAAUGAACAUCUACAUUGCUUACUGUAUUCAAUCCAUCCGUAGAAUUCAGGUACUUACUGUGUGCAUUUGUAUGCUGUUGCCAUGGAUACGACAAUGCAAGCAUGCAAUCAGCCACGUGCUGGACUCUGAGGGCGAGACAAAAACAAAAUGUAAGAAAUAUAAUAAAGACGCCGAGUGUUUUUCUGUGGAUGACACCGACUAUAAAGGCUUGCUGUGUCCACUCUCUGCGGCGAGUUCUGUUUUUGCGUGCCUACCGGUGUUUGCGUACGUGUGAAUGACUCAUGCAUUGUGUGUUUGCAGACAUACUGUUCACAUUAGUGUAAAUAAUAUCUCACCUGAGUGUGCAAAAGGAUCAGAAGAAAUAAACAGGAGCCAAGCUUUGAAUGAAAAGA